CUACGAAAGAAUAGAAAGGUUACAAUAAAAGAAAAGACAAGAAUACAGCUGACAGAACAUAGGAAAGACGAAGAACAGAAAAAGAAAAAGUAAAAAGAAGGACAGAGAGCGAUGGUGACUGAUAAGAGCAGAGAAAUUGCAUCAAGAAGAAUUCAAGUCAUUGUAGAAGAAGAGAGCGACGCUUUGUACGUCUUAUUUUUCACUCUAAUGAUAAAAAGAAAGUGGUUCAAAUGGUAACUUUUACUCUUGGGAUUAAAUUUGCAUAAAAUACAUCUUUAUAAAAAAUAAAUGCGGAAACUUCGGAUUUAAAUCCGAGAGUUAUGUGUACUUCAAAAAGUGAAUCAUACAAAUCAAUCAUCCUUGACUAUCUGAAUAUCAAAAUUAUACUCGGAAAUCUACCAUUUAAAAUGUUGAUUUAUAUUGCGCGUUGCCAAACCAAUAGGAAAUGGGACCGAACUAAGCUCAAGUUUGAACUCUGCACCUUGAUUUACUCUAAGAAAGUCGUUUUUCCUAGAACUUCAUUUCUAUUGGUCACUGCAUAACUACUAGUAUUUCGAUGGAGGUGCAGUACACAUUCGAGUUCUCCAUACCUGAAAACCUCGAAAUAUCAUCAGUGUAAUCGAAAGAUGAAGCUUUAUUUGUGGAUCAAUUAGAUUGUGGACCAAAAUAUAACCUAGUUCUCUUUAAUUAUCUUUGUGAUAGGUUAGUCAACGUUCUUGGUUCUUUAUGUUUUAUAUAUCAUUUUGUAGUACUUGAAAUUUUCUAUCGAAUGCUAUAUAAUAGUUGGGGUUUUCAUCGACAAUGAUAGGAAAAGUCUUUUACGAAAAUCGCGAUGGGUCCAUUUUUCGACAGAAAGCUAUAGAGAAAAAUGGAUAUUUUUGCAAUAACUCAGGAAGGGCUCGACCAGUCUUUCUCAUCUUCGAACUCGACCGAGCUAUUUCCAAGACUAAGCUGUGUAGAAAGUUUCAUCACAAUCUGACUCUGCUGUCAAAAUUUAUUAUGCAAACAGCCAAUCGGACGGACGGACACACUGACUAUUCUAUAGUCUACUCACUUUUUGAGUAAACAAAACUAUGAUUCGGUUCAAAACUAACAUCAGAUUCAGAAUCAGCGUUAAAAACUGAGUCGAUUUAUAUAUGUUGUAAAUAAUUCUGAAAAAAAAAUUUUUUUUUUGAAAAAAUCCCUGUACUACCCCUCAGGGAUGGUCUGGUCAAAAAUCACAAUUUUUUCGAUAACUCAGCUAUUUCUUGACAGAUCCUGCUCAUCUUCGAACUCGACCGAGACAUUGUUAAGACUGAACUGUGUGGAAAAUUUCAUUGUGAUUGGACUCUCUUUUCAAAAGUUAUCGUGUAAACGGCCGGUCGGACGGACGGACAUACUGACCGAUUCUAGAGUGUACUCACUUUUUGAGUACACAAAAAUCGAUAGAGUAUAAUUCUGAUCAAAUACUUUUGAGAACGAUUUUAUGUAAAAAUAGUCAUUAAUAUUUAUUUGUAGAUAGAUAAUAUCGAACAAUAAAAAAUGACGAUGAAUCGUGAUACACUUCUUCGAGUAAGACUAUAUAAAUUUGAAAUAAAAAAUAACAUGAUGUUUUAUUGAUUAUUUAAGAUAAUUAUUUGUAUACAUUUUGUUUUUAUAAGCAUGUAAGUAAUUGAAAGUUUUAUAAAGAAAUUUAACAUUGUUUUCUAAUUAUAAACAAUGUAAAUCUUUCAAAAUUGAAAAGAAUAAAAAUUAUAUUUCGAAAUUUGAAAAUAAAUUUCUUUGAUUAGGAUACUAAUGGCUGAUUGGCUACCUAAGUCAUAUCUUCUCAAUCAAGUUACCAUUCUAGCACUUGGUUUUUGGGCUAUAGUACAUCGUGAAAGUGUUAUUCAAGUUGAACUUUUAAUGUUAAUUCAACUUUUUUCAAUUCUAUUGGAUUCAAUUGGUAUUGGAAUGUAUUUUCAAAUUGGACGACAUUCUUAUAGUACUAUCAAUAGUAUUGCAUAUUUUAUUAUUAGUGCUUUUUUUGCUAUACUUCAUUUGAUAUUCAAACCAAUUGUACUUAUAUUGCUAAAUAAAGUUCGACAAGAUCGUCUUAAUGAUUCUGCAUUUGGUACAUGGACACCUGCAUCAGGAUAUACGCCGGUCGAUGGACGAUAA